UAGAAACCCGUGACACUUUCUAUGCCGAAAAGUUUAACCUACUCCCGAACUUAUAAUUCGGGGCUAGGCCGGGUAGGUCAACGGAGCAAGCCCUUCUUAUCCUAGUCGACGCAAUCUGGUCUGCCUGGAAAGAGCAUAAAGUAGUCACCCUAAUGGCGUUCGACCUUAAAGGCGCCUUUAACGCGGUAAAUAAAGAAGCUCUAGAUAACUGUCUAGGCCAGAGAAGAAUCCCAAGUCAGGCAAGGAAGUGGAUUAGCAGCUUUAUAUCCGAUAGAUCCGCCUCAAUCUCAUUCGACGGAUUUACUAAGCCUGCAUCAACACUUAGCUACCCCGGUCUCCUAUAAGGCUCUCCUCUCUCACCAAUUCUCUUCGCUUUCUACAACGCAGACCUAGUGGAUUAACCAGUAGAUUUUACCGGAG